AUCUCCCUGUGUCUCACACACACACACACACACACGCCAACCCACCCCCACACACACACACACACACACGAGGACAUAAAUCAAGCUUAAGCAACACAGCUUAAUGCCACUCGACCUCAGAUUUUAUGCUGUGUAUUGAUUUACGCUGUAAAAGAUGUCUGCUUCAGAUUCUUUGAAGCAAACAAAGAAUCUGAGGAUGUUUAAUCCACUUGAGGGUUAAACACCAAAAUCAUCUGCCAGUUUAGGACUUCAACUCUGACAUUAUAUAUAUAUAUAUAUUUUGUAAAUAUGUAUAGGAAGCUUUAAAAUAUAUUAAUUUGUUAUUACAGUAGCACAAUCUUGCACAAAAAAAAUGCUUGAACACAAAACAAACAGAACAAAUCAAUGGAUUUCACAGGAUUCGUGCCGCCCACUGAGUUUGAUGUGUUAAAUUAUUUCACAGGAGCCAUGAAAUGAAUGAAUACACAGUGAAAUUAUUAUUAGAUUAUUGAAUAAAGGAUUUAUUUAAAAAGAAAUAAACACAAAUUUUAUGAUUUAAAUUCAUUAUCUAACAAGGUAGAUUUAAUUAUUUUAUGGGACAUCUGAUUAUUUAAUUGCAAUUUCAUAAUUUCAUGGUAUAUUGAUAUAUUUAAUAAUCUAAUGACAUAUAAUUUAGUGCUAAAUUGAAUAAUCUGUAUGUUUUUAUUUAAUUCUGUCAUUUUUAUUUAUACCCAUCUGUUGUUAGUAGGUAGGAAAUAUAAGCAAAUAUAGCCAUCUUCUUUUAGAAGAAUGUUUUUCCCUCUACUUUCAAACCUAAAAUUAGGAAUAAAACUGUGGUAGACAUUCCCACCCCCCCCCAAAAACCAUAAGUUAUCUUUUCUCUAAAAGGCCACGUAACACUCGAGGCUCGGAAGCUGUUUUAUUUAGCCAGACCGAGGGCAACAGAUUGCCUCUUUGGACUGCAAAGGUUGCCACAGACAUCCAAGUGUAGAUCUGGAACAAAUAAGUCACAGUGUUGGGCAGUUUCACUCGAUGCAAACAUGAGCCGUCCGCGUUACUAUUUUCACGCCGUCCCCAACGUCUUGCCAGCAGAAUUUAUUUGGUGAAGCUCUGCCUGCAUUUCCAAGUGUUUUCCAGCCGUAAUGAACUCCCAGCUGUGUUUCCUCCAGGCCCUCGCCGCCAGGCCCAGUCGAUCAUUUGCUCUUACCGUGUCUGCCGCCUGCGAGCACCGUGCAGGUUGAUGUUAAUGGGGAUGCUAAACGACCUCCGGGGAGAAGCCGUGUUCAAGAACAUGCCCGGCUCUAUCUUGAGCCGCCUCCCUCGGCCCGCCGCGGGCAGCGAGGGGGAUUAAUGCACCGGGUUCCAGUUAAUUCACCGGGGAACUUCCUGUUGUUUACCAAAGCUCAAAGGUUCUGAAAGGAGCCGACGUUCAAAGGAAGACUCUCAGAACGGCUCAAGAACCGCUGCUAACAGAACGCCUGGCCGCUUUGAAGCAAAACACAAAGACUGCCGAUAAAAGUAAGAAGCAGGGAGAUCAACCGCAAACUAAAAGCUCCAGAGGGUUUAAAAACAGACCAACUAGUUUUGUAGAUGCCAAUAAUUAUGACCAACCUGGUGUUGGAUACCCAACUAGAAGAGUUCUGGUCAUAGAAGGAGCAAUAAUGAUAACCCUUUUCUACUUUUUUAGAAGUCUGCAUUUGAAGUAUUUGGGAUAAUUGCCUAUAAAACUUUAACAUUUUGGGUUUCCUUCCACAAUCGUACAUGUUUGCUAGAAUUUUGGUCCUCUCCUCCUGGUGGAACUGAGUCAGAUGUGAUAUCUGACUCGCUCACGAACACCCCCCCGCUCCCACACACACACACACACACACACACACUUUUCAGCUCUGCCCAUCAACUUUCUGUCCGCCUGAGAUCAGAAAUUUGUGAUGGCCGCUCCAGAACAUUGACUGCGCUGUUCUUAACAGUAAUAACACUGGUCAUUAUGGCCAAACAAUGAUGACCAAUAAUACAAACAAUAUUGUGGCCAAACAAUAAUGUGGUGUGAUUGUGGUUUAGUCAGACCACAAAACAUAUCUCUACAAAGUGUAAUUUAACCCCCUUGUGAAACCAUAACCCCACACCCAGACAAAUUUUGAAAAUUGCCCCAGAGUGGGCGGAGCCAGGAUACUUUGGGGCGUGGCCAAGUCAAGCAGAGGGGUGAUGAGUGGGUCUUGUCAGGAUGAGGGAAAGCCCUGUUGCCAGCUUAAAGAUUUUGUUGCUAUUGUUAGCGAUCUUUCAGAUCCCUCUAGUGACUUUAUUUUUUAAAGAAGUGACUAGCAGCAAAUCUAGCACCAUUUUUUGCAUGUUUUAGAGAGAUUUAUGGUGACGUGUGAAAGAGGGUUUUAGGCCAGACAUUGCAGAAUGAAACUCAUUUACACCAAAAUACCAAAAUUUGUACAGAAACAAAACGGUAGCACCCUUAAGAACUAAUUUAGGCAGCUUAUUUGGAAAAAUGUUUGGAUUUAGUUUACUGUCCAAGCCUUUUUCUCUUAGGGUGCAUUUGCAAACUAUAAACUGGCUUUUUGUUUCUUUUGAAGUGAUGGACAGCUCUGUGUUGAUCCUAUUAGAUCUUAAGUCAUUCUACGUUAAGAAUGAGACUCUCCUAUGACCCCUUAACUUGUGGGGUGCCACUAGGAUCAGUUCUGCAUCUUCGCAAGAGUGUUAGCAUUUGCUCUGGGCUGACUGUGGACAUUAAUGUGGCAUUUUUAAGGCAUCGGGAAAUUGUACCCAAGGCUGAACCAGUCUUGUGGCGUUCUCUUUCAAAUGUUUUUGUCACGAAUGUCACGAUGUCACACAAGAAGCGAUGUGUUUUAGGUGGAGUCAUAUUGUAUGAACACUUUGGAUUUUGCAGAAAGUGACCGACUUGAGAGAGAAAACAUUUGUCUGAUUAAUGUCAAAAAUUUGAAAGAAAGAAAAGUUUUUGUGACUUUUUCUAAAUUAUAUGUACAACACCUUGUUUCAACCGUAUAUGUUUAUUUAGAUUUUUUGUUGUUGAGUUAAGUUGGUACGAAACUCCUUUUUCUGUAAUAAAUAAAAGCAAACACCUUUGCAAGCAUACUGCAUGCUGCGCCCACUUCCUUACAGGACGGCAGCAGAAUCUGAUGCUUUUCAUGUAACUGAAGAAAACAAGAUUAAAAAUGCAUUAAGCGCCGAGUUCUCUGCCUCACCUGGCAACCCGAGACCUUGCCUUGACCGUGAGGCUCGCAGCUUGGUCCUGCACUCGAGCAGAAUUUCAUCUUUAGCGCAAAUGCCUAAUGGAGUUGUACCGCUGCAAUUAUUUCAAGUCGGGCUGAACUGUUUCUGUGCUGCUGUGAUAUCUUCACACAGCGAAGUCCUCGCUUCUGUUGUCUUGUCUUUAGGAAGCCGUGCUGUGAUCCUGUACAAUGGUGUGACUUAUUCCUCCAAUUAUCCGGGCCAGAGGCUGUAAGUGGACGCAUGGUGUGUCUUGUUAUCUUGUGGCGCCGCUGAACAUUUCACGACAACAUGUACUCGGUUCAGGGCGGCGAGUAAGUCAGCACAAUGGAGAAUCACCAGAAGAGGACUCUAACUUUCCUUACCAUCGGAUUGAUAUUCAUGCUGAGCGGGAUAGAGUACGCCGUCAUUCUACCCACAAUAUGGAGGUAUUUGCAGAUUCUGGAGGCUCCACCUUACUUCUUGGGUCUGGGCCUGUCUGCCUUCAGCCUGAGCGCGCUGCUCACUGGUCCUCUUUUCGGAGUCUGGUCGGAUCGAAGCAAAACCACCAAAUCCAUCAUCCUGUUCUCCAACCUCUUUGAAAUCGCUGGUAACUUCAUGUAUUUUAUUGGCUAUUCAAAGUGGCUGUUAUUAUGCAGUCGGCUUGUAGCAGGUGUGGGUGCAGGAGCAGGCUCCUCCAUCUUUGGCUUCCUAACCCGGAGCACUUUGCCAGAGGAGCGCGCCGGUAUCUUCGCAGCCAUCAUGGCCUGUCGUCAGGCCGGCCUUCUCGUCGGCCCGGCGUUCAACUUGUUCCUGCGGCUGUGUGAUUUCAAACUGGGGCCCUUUGCUGUGAACAAGUACACGUCUCCUGGGAUCUUCAUGUGUCUGCUGUGGACGCUGCUUCAGUUCGUCGUCCUGGCCGGGUACUGGGACGUACCGCCCAUAAGCUCGCAGGGGGGAGUCGUCCUGUUGGAGAUGAAACAAGAAGAGGAAGAGGAGGCGCCCCUGAUGGGGUCAGACGAGGAGGAGGCGCGUACCUACAGAGCCGUCGACUCCGACCAAUCGGAGACUUCGUUCGCGUCGCAGAGAGCCCACGAAACCUCAAACCCUUUUAAAAACUUCAGCGUCAGCAACGAGUUCCUGAGAGAAGAAGUGGUUGUUCUCCUUACGGCUCAGUUCAUCACUCUAUUCAACCAGACAGCGCUGGAGACCAUGGUGACCCCUCUGACGCAGCGCUACUUCAGCUUCGGCGAGCUGGGCAACAGCCUGAUGUACGGCCUGUGUGGGGUUGAGGUCAUCGCGGGCUUCUUCUUCGUGCGCUGGCUGAGCAGCAGGGUUGCGGACCGCGUGGUGCUGGCCGCUGGCCUGGUCAUCUGCUCCACCGCCUGUAUCUGGUGCCUCGUUUUCCUCUGCAAGCCCCGAGGUGGAUUUGAGUGGCAGCUUUCAACUUUCAUAGUGGGAGUUUUCCUGCAGCUGCUGGGGCUUCCGUUCGUGGCUGUGUCUCAGGUGUCGCUCUUCUCCAAAGUCACUGCUGAGAAAACUCAAGGGUUCAGCCAAGGUGUCCGGCGCUCCGUUGGAGGCCUGGCUACCAUCUUGGGUCCUUUGUGGGCCGGAGGAUUGACCAACAACUUGUACAUAAUGCUGGGCCUGAUGCUGGCUCUGCUCGUCAUGAUCACAGUUAUGACAGUCCUGUCCUACGAGCGGCUGGCCGAGCCGAGGGUGGUGCAGUGUGCCCAGAGCGCCGACAGCGGAGGGUAGAGGAGCGGGCCGAGACGGACCGGGGGCCGGGGGGGGGGGGGGGGGCCUGCACUUCACUUCACUUCACUUUAGAGAGAAUAAAUCCAAGUUUCCUGAAGAGGAAAGCGCAUGAGCGCGGAAUAAAGACGAUCAAAAAGCUUUGCACACCGUCUCCCCCACCAGCCUGCAUUAGGAUGAACCGCAUUAUUCAUAUUACCACCAGAUAAUUAAUUACAUUUUACACAAGGGGGCACCAUUGCUCUCACGUUGAGUACUUACAGACAUAAUUGUAGAUGAAAGCUAUUAUUUUUAAGGAGAACUAUUUAUACUCCCCUGUGUAAGUGGAGAAAAAAAAGCUGUUUUUUUUUUUUUCUUUCUUCCUUUCCUGUGCGACCCGUGUAUCAGAAAUGUGUUUUUUUUUCUUCCCCCUGUGAAGAGGAAAGCUCUCUCUGAAAAUGAAACGGUUGACACAAUGAGUGCAGAAAGUGGAGUUGUCAACAUCUCAGCGGCUUCGUGUCAAGAAAGCUGACAGGAGAAGAGGGUCAAAGACAGCGAUUCUUCACCGAUUUAUUGGUACCUUUCUUUUUUUUUCCUAAAAAGAGGGGGAAAAAAGCGGAACACACACACACACACACACACCCACACACACCCACACCCAAAAAGACUUGGAUGUAAUUACACCAUGUUACCUGAAUUCCUUCCUGUUCGGCUUGAACAAAUGAGACACUCAUGAAGUUUAAAAAAAACAACAACUCAAUACAAUAAAAAAUACUUGCUAAAUUGCCAAUUCUAUCCUUUUAACUAAAGGGAGCAAAUAAAAUUUUAACAACAUACAUUCAUAAUUUACAAUUUGACAAGGUGUGAGUAGUGUACAGUCAGCUGUUCUUGCCUGUGUUCUCCUCUAGGAUGUGCUGCGCUACACAUCAGCAGACGAGGGAGCAAUGCUGUAAGCAACAUCAAGGCAUCGUCGAUUCUCUUUGUAGAAACGAGUGUUGGUUCGGCUAGUCUCUGUGUUUUUGCAUAAUUGCAGAUAAGGCUCAGUAACCUUUCCAGUUUUCCUCGCUCAGCAUGUGAUAUUUGCCUUCUUUUUUUUUUUCUUUUUCUUUUUUUCUUUUGCCCAAAAUGGAAAUUCUAAUCUCUGGGACUCAAGGACAUAAUAUAUAUAAGUACUUUUCUGCCCUGAUCAGCGUAUUGAGGUGCUUGACAUUUGAAGGGAGAUAACAGAGUGCACAGAUUCGGGUCAGGCUAGAAUGUGACUCACUUUGAACAGCGGCUCUGUCUUCCAGGACGCGUCUCUCCUUUCCACUGACGAAAACAGACAGUUUACGGUGAACCUGCACUUCAAUCUGCGGGGAUUUAUUUUUCAUUUGGAUAUUUAUGGCUAAGAAGAAGAAGGGGGGGAGGGGGGAAGCACAGCUAGGUAGCAUUUAAAACAAAACUGCUUUAUUCUGCUCUGACAGAAGCUUAACAAACCUGCUGAGUGACUCGCAUCGCUGCUGUCUUUUUGUUUGCUGUUUUGCCGUCAUUCUGUGAACAUUUCAAAAGCAACGCGGCGUUUUUAAAAGGCGUCACGCGCUUCGCUCCACGUCCAAACGGAGAUAAACGAGGAAGUCGGAGGGCCUUCGUGGCUUCACGUGAACCGAACCAGCCGGCUCAGCAGCCGCGGCGAUGAACAUUUUUUCUUUUAAAAAAAAAAGAUACACAGAACAACCAUUUGAUGUAGGGGCAACCAAUUAUUUCUGUUAGCCAAGGACAGGCGUGCGUCGCUAUGGAGAUGGGACUUUGGAAAGGAUGGUGGUGGUGGUGGUGAUGGUGGGGGAGUUAGCCAGGGAGCGUGGACGCAGUGGAUGUUUUGGUGGAGCAGAGCGUGGAACCUGUUCCUGCCACUGAGAUGAAGCAGAUACGGCGCAGUAAUUACAGUUUUCCUCCUCUGCUGGAAGGAACGUUUCUUCUUUCAGUUCAACAUUCCAUUAGGAAGACAAUAAAUGAAAGGCUCUGUACACUGUACUGGGUUUUCAACCCUUUUAAAAAUAUAUAUAUAUAGACGAUGACAAUGUUCUGAUGAAUGAAGGUCUGCACGGUGGAAAGAAUAGGUCAGAUAAUUACAGAAAGAGGAAGCUUGGAUCGUCUCAAGUAGGUUCUGUGAAGAAGUUGUGAAUCAUUACUAUCUUACCUUCGGUAGAUAAGCGUUUUAUAUACAGUUUGGAUUAAAGAAAAGAAAAUGCGCAGCCUCGGAGAGCUGGUGAUUUGUCAGGGCCGCAAAUUUCUUCCAUCUGAAAAGAGUGGAAACAGAUUAGCAAACACUAUAUUACUGCAGUCUGCACAGGCCUGCAGCUCGCCACACACUAUGUCACCUACUGCAAAAUUGAACAGAUUAAGUGUUUCUAGUGAGAUAAAAAAAAAAGAAGAAAAUCAAUAAAAUAGCAACCGUUCUAUAAUAUCUUUAUUUUUUUACCCUACAUGUCUGCUUUGUUGCACAAGUUGUGUUUCACCCAAGUAUUCUGUACUGUGAAGUAUCACUGUCUUUGUUGGACGGAUGUUCCGAUCCAGUUCAAGGCAUCAUCUCAGGUUUCCAGUCAAGGCCUUUUAAAUUACUUUUGUUCGAACAUCUCAUUAAACUUUUGGACCCUU